UUUAAUUUGUCUUGUUAGAUUGGAUGUUAACUGUGAUGCUUUUAUGAUUGCUGUGGAUUUGAUCAUUGUUCGACCUAAUCUUUGUUGAGUUCUAGCCUAUUCAAAGUUACUAUUUUUUGCGAUUUCUUUUUAACACAUCCAAACAUGGCGUACAAUAAAAAAUUUCUAGGGUUUUUGUCUAUUGUAUGAUCCUCCUUUCAACAUUUUACGCAAAUUCCAUCAGCUGUUCACAUAUUGCAUUUUUUACCCUGUAGUCGUCUCUGUAUUCUUAUUCGCCCCAAUGCAAUUAUCACCAUUAGAAGUCAGAUUCCAUUUUUCAUUUUUCUUCAUAGAUUCCUUGAAAUUUUAUUCUUGUUGAGUUGAUAAUCUUUUUGUAUCGCCUUAUCGGUUUCUUAAUGGUGUUAUGGCUUGCAGAAAAUUCAGCUAGCUAAGCAAAUUUUGAUCAGCUGUUAUAUUUUGAAAAAUAUAUUUAUUUCUCACUGCCACUGAGAAGAGAAGUUGGGCAUGGCAGAACAGACGAGAAGGAUCCCAUCUCAACAGGUUAUUGCAACCAGUGAGUGCUUAUCGGAAAAGCCUCAGUUCCACAUGUGCAAGUGGUACUUCAGUAGGCACGAAAUUGAAGAUUGUUCCCCUUCUAGACAGGAUGGAAUUGACUUUGAGAAAGAGUCUCAACUACGGAAGUUUUACUGCUCAUUUAUUAAAGAACUUGGCAAGAAGCUUAAAGUACCUCAGGUGACGAUAGCAUGCGCAUUGAUCUUAUGCCACCAGUUUUACAUGCGUCAGUCUCAUGCAAAGAAUGAUUGGCAGACAAUGGCAACUGCAAGCAUGUUUCUCGCUUGCAAAAUAGAAGAAACCCCACGCUUGCUGAGGGAUGUUGUUGUUGUGGCUUAUGAGAUGAUAAACAAAUGGGAUUCUUCUGCCCCACAAAGAAUCCGAAGAAUAGAAAUCUGUGAUAAGCAGAAGGAAUUGAUCACAAGUGGGGAGAGGCUAUUAUUGGCAACAAUUGCAUUUGAUCUCAAUAUCCAACUCCCCUACAGGCCACUUGUUGAUGCUUUAAAGAAACUGAAUAUAUUCCCAGAUCUUGCAAAAGUAGCAUGGAAUUUUGUGAAUGACUGGCUUUGUACAACAUUGUGUUUGCAGUACAAGCCCCAUUAUGUUGCAGCUGGCUCCCUGUUCCUUGCUGCCAAAUUUCAAAAAGUUAAACUGCCUACAGAAAAGGGAAAGGUUUGGUGGCUGGAGUUUGAUAUUUCACCUAAACAAUUGGAGGAGGUCACUCAAGAGAUGGUUAGGUUGUUGGAGCAAGACAAGAAACGAGCUGUGCCUUUACCACAGGAGAAGGUACUGAGUGGACCUUCAGUUGGAAAGAUGAAUACCAAUAGCCCACAAUCAACAAUUACAAGUGUAUCAAUUGCCAGUUCACAUUCUAGUGGAGGAACUGUGAUAGAAUCUCAGGUCUUGAGUGAGAGAAACUGUGGUCUGAAACAAGCUUUACCAUGUCAAACAAGUGAUACUGGUGAUGCAAGUAAUAUUGUUGAUGAUGAUGGCAAGAGUAAACCAAGAACAGAGAAAGUUGAUUUGGUUUCAAGCUGUAAGAUUGCCCCAAUCCAUGAUUCGUAUGGUAAGAUUGAUGCUAACCGGAUUAGAGAGGCAUUGAGGCGGAGGAGACGUGAAGGAGCUGCAAAUCAAAUGUCCAAUAAAAUCAUGAAUACUGAAUUAGAUAGUGAAGCCUGGAUAGAGAGGGAGCUGGAGAAUGGAAUAGAGCUUGAAUCAGCUUCUUCAGGAAAGAAACAAAGAACGGUGUGAUGAAGUUGUCAAGUAAAGUGUCCAUAGGUUACAUGCCAGUGACUAGAAUUCCUCCUCAACAGCUGUAAGUUUCAGGAUCAUUUUCUGGAAGGAAAUUGUACAAGUACAGAAGAGUCGUUGACAUUGUUCUGCAAGAAUAAUGGCCUUGUAGAUGCAGAAUUACAAUAUUACAGUAUUUAUGUACAGCUUUUUAGAAAGUGGAGCCAAUUGAGCUUUUUAUUUUAUUUUAUUAUAUUAUAUUUUUGUACCGACUGCGAUGGAGUAAUCAAGUGUAUAAAUAAUCAUUUUAUGUGAAUGGUUUUUUGA